ACAAGCUUAAUAUUCUUUAUGUGUGUGAGAAAUAAGCCACAAGAAUAUGUUAAAAACACCAAAAAACAUUUUUUAUUACAGUGGCAAAAAUUAAAAUGAGAAAUACCUUGAAAAUAAAUUAAAAUUACAUCUUUUCAUUUGCAACCCCAUCAAAAGUCUUCCACCCCGAUUAAAAAAAUACUGGCUCCACCACUGCUUUAUGUUCAUUGUUUUUACUGUCCCAUAUGGGAGGAUUUCACAGAAAGAUGAGUACAUUCUAUUAUUUUUGCAGAGCAGGGGUGUGCUUGUAAAUGCUGAGUCAUGACUCAGCAUUCACAAGCCUGCAGGCCUGAAAACUUUUUUAAAUAAACUAACUGAAAUAAAAGUUCUACGGUGCAGAGUAACUUAUUAUAACACAAAAAUUAAAAUGUAACAAUUUAGACAAAAUAAAUAAAUACAAAAAAGUAACAUUUACUUUUAAAGGUAAAAGUCAAGGGCUCCAUCUGUUUGUUAAUUGGCCAGAGCGUCUCCAUGGUUGCAGCCUAACAACAAACACUGACAGCUACAGUGUCCUACAUUUACAGCCUCACUGGGCCCCUUCCAGAAGUGCAGCAGUGAUGCCGACUAAAACCUCCAAAACAAAACGCGUCAAAGGCGGCAAAGGAAAGAAGGACGGUAAGCACGAGUCCAAGGGAGACAAAGAGUCGGAUGUGGAGACGGCCAGAGCCAACGCCGCUCUGUGGGAGUUGAGGUUAAAGGCCACCAACCAGGACCUCGCAGAAUACCGGGAGGCCAGCCACAACCUGGCACGCGCCAAUGAGGGGCUCAUUAAUCAGUUACUCCACGCGGAGAGAGACUCCGUCGACGUCAGCGGCCACUGGGAGAGGGAGAUGGCCGCUAAAGAGGAGAAGAUUAGGAUGCUGGAGGAAAGCCUGCAAAGACAUCAGGCUCUUUCCCUUGAAGAGAAGAACAACAUGACUACAGACAUUAACACGAUCCAAGAUAAGGUAAAGCGACUGAAGGAAAGGGAAGUUCAACUGGAGCAAGAACUCGGCAAUAUGAAAGAAAGCAUGGAUGUUGCUGACAAAAAGCACAAGGAAACCCUCAUAGAAAUGGAGGAAAAAUUCUUGGAAGAAAAGGAGUGUGUGAAAAGGGAAAUUUUGGAACGAUGCAAUUUACAGGAAGUCCUGCUAAAGCAGGACCACCGCGAAGCCAUCGAGCAGCUGGAAGGCGUCCUGCACGCUGCAUUAGAGAAGCGCGAUCACUUGAAUGAAAUUCUGAAAAAUACCACAAAAGAAGCAGAAGACUUGAAGACACUGACUCAUUCACUGGUUGAAGAAAACAUCAUCCUGGCGCAGAACAAGGAAAUGCUUCAGAUGACCGUAAAGAAGAACCAGGCCGACAUUGAACACAAAAACCAGAAACUUUCUGAGCUCACGGUGAGGAUUGCUUCUCUGGAAGAGGCCUUGGAUCUCAAGUCUAGAGAACUUCAGCAACUGGAGAAAAAGGAGCAGAAGAACCUAGUUACCAUCCAGGCGAAACAGGUGGAGAUGGACAAACUGCAGAGAGUUCUGGCCAUGCGAGUGAGGGAAAUGCAGGACCUCAAGCAGCUGGCGAGCACCGUCGUGAAGAAGCGCAAAGAGAUGGAGGAGUUCUUUUAUGAAGCACUGGAUCACGUCAGACAAGAAAUAGCUGCCAGCAGGUUCAGGUACAAAAAGGAGAGCAAACAGGCUUAUAGUUGGAGGUUUAGAGAAGCCACAGCAGGAAAGAUGGAGUUCCCACCCAUCUGCACCAACCACAUAUAUACAGACAUGGAGCCAUCUACAAAAUGCUCCCAUUUACUGGAAAAUGACGUUCAAGUCUCAGAUCUGACUUGGGAGCAAAAGGAACAAGUGCUCAGACUCCUCUUUGCUAAGAUGAACGGACAGACAGAAAGGAAACAACAUUCAUCUCCUCGUCGCUCCGUCGAGAUGCAAAACAGCUUCAAUGACAAAGAUGCUGCAGAGUAAGACACAGAAGGAAUGUUCAAGGACACAACUUUGCACUUCAUCCUUGCAAUUUUCGAAGCCUGUGCAGAUUUAUUGGUCCCACAUUGCAUGUUUAGCAGAAAAAAGCAGUGGCUGUUAAAAUGUCUGUGCUUACAUGUGAUUUAUCAAGACAGUUGCAUAAUGAUGACUGUCUCGAGAAUUAGAGGAGCUCUGCCCGGCAACCAUCACCCUUCCAGGCGCCUGAGACCAUUCUUCUUUGAGCCUCACACACCCUUGCUGGAUAUGCACUUUCCUUCCUCUGUCAUGCGAGGAAUUGUUUUCUCUCUAGAGCAAGUUUGUCAAAAAACAGAGGAUCUGUUUUCAACUUUCUUUCAAGCAUUAUUAGUGUCAGUCCUUUCUCUUAUUAGAUCUAUAAAAAUUAUAUCUACAAGUGUAAACAUUUCUGAGCAAUCAUGUCUUUAAGACAUUGUUUUCUUGGAAUAUUGUAUUUAUGGAGAUUAAAAAUGAUUAAAAACGAGAAUAAACGUUACCAUUUAAACAGA